ACUGGAUAAGAUAAAAGAGAAUUGAAAAGCCCGUCGCUCAAGAAAGGUGAUGAUGUUAUUCUUGAGAGUGUUUAGUGUUGUGUUGUGUUCCUGAGGUAGAGAAGCUAAUCUUUGAGCCAAUUGGUCCCGAUUGUGGACGCUCGACACUAGUCAUGUUGUUGCUCAAGGCAGCGUUACUCGUCGGAGCGGCGCUCUGUCAAGCAUCGGCCAAAUCCGAUCUAAGCAUCGACGAGUACUUCAUUUCACAUCUAUUCGAGAAGUAUGGAAACAAAAAGGUUCUCACUUUUGAGGGGUUAGAACAUUUAAUGGAAAGCUUAGGACUGGGUGGGUUAGAUUUCACAAAGCACAACGUCUCUUUGCACAAAACGAAAGACGGCGGGUUUCAAGACGUCCAUCACAGUUUAAACGUCCAUGACCACAACCACACCAGGAGGCGGAGGAGCUUAAUUCCAGAAGAAAAGUGCCUGAGGACAGAGGAUCUUCUGAGGGUGUAUGGCGUCGACCCUGGCCACGAUGUCGAAUUAUCACCGGAGAACUUUAUGCAGAUGUGUCCUGCCAUUGUGUACCAACUGGACAGGAAGGUGUGUGCCGAGAGGGUUCCGUUGGUCCCACUGGACAACUACGUCUACGAAAAAGACUACAAAGCUUGGCUCUUCGGAAUUAUCAGUGUGUUGGUGAUGAGCGCUUGCGGACUUCUUGGGAUUCUUUUGGUUCCUCUGCUAGAGAAAGCUAUGUUCCAAAAGUUGUUGACCGUUCUUGGAGCGCUGGCGGUGGGGACACUAGCAGGCGAUGCCCUUCUUCAUCUCCUUCCUCAUGCUCUGAAAGAUAGUGAAGCUAGUGAAGAAACGAUAGUUCUAAGAUCGACCGUGGCUUUCCUCCUAAUCAUGUUCUUCUUCACUAUGGAAGCUUUCAUUAUACAUGGAAAACGAAACAAAGUAGCGAUGAAAGAAGCUGAAGGAGGAGAAGAGUCGUUAGCCGGUCACAGCCAUGCCAACAGUGGUCAGGCGGUCGCAUGGAUGGUCAUGUCUGGUGAUGGACUGCACAACCUGACCGACGGACUGGCCAUCGGCGCAGCUUUCAGCCAAGGGCCUAUCAUCGGCAUUUCAACCUCUUUAGCAGUUUUGACACACGAGCUGCCACACGAAUUAGGAGAUUUUGCAAUAUUGCUCCAAACGGGUAUGACAAUCCGCAAGGCGGUUGUGUACAAUUUGCUGUCCUCGGUGCUCAGUCUGCUUGGAGUGCUAGCAGGACUUUGGCUUGGGGAAUUUGAGAACGCUUCUUAUUGGAUUUAUGCUGCCACCGGUGGAACAUUCCUUUACAUAUCCUUAGCAACACUGGUACCAGAAAUGCAAAAGCAAUGCAAGACAAUUUUAGACGUUGUUUUGGUUCUGGGAGGUAUGUUUUGCGGGGGUGCGAUCAUGUUUGUCAUCGCCUGUUACGAACACACGCUUGAAGAGUUCCUGAACGAAGAAUAUGUUUAAAAAUACAAUUCAUUUUUAUUUUUUACAGAAGAUAUUUAUUUUUAUUUUUUAAAAAGCAAAUGUACAUUUUCUCACUCUUUGUAAAUAAAAUAUAUAAAUAAUAAACUGUUUUUUAAAAAAUACAUCACGUUUUGGUUGUUAAGUUUACAGAUGGGCAUGAAUGUUAAAACUUAUACAUAAGUUCAAGUUGAUCUCUUUGGUCGAAUAUAUUUUGGCAGGUUUGAAAACCAUUGUUGUUUUUAUUAUAUAAAAAAAUGAACUACAUUGUUUUUAAUGUGUAAAAACAAUAUUAUUUU